AUGGCUCCAACAACAGCACCUCGGCGCACCGUUGCUGGAAGCGCCUCGAGCACUACCGCCACAGGAAGAGAAUCAUCCCAACCAGCAGGGAAGAAAAGAGACUCCAGAGCGGGAAUGCGCAAAGUCACUUCCCUGACAGCUGAACAAUUAGAACGCAAACGCGCAAAUGAUCGAGAAGCGCAACGAACUAUUCGUGCCCGCACUAAGGAGCACAUCGAGAACUUGGAGCAUCAGGUUGCUGAGUUGAGUGCCAAGGGACAGCAGGUUGAUCGUGUGUUGGAGCGGAAUGCGAUGCUGGAGUCGGAGAUUGCGCAUUUGAGGCAGCAGUUGGCUAUGAUGACGAACAGUAGGCAGUUGUAUCAAAGCGAAGAUGAGCGAAGGUCUUCCACAAGCUCAAACCCAGCAAGCGUGAUUUCUUCGCCGUUCAACAGUCCCCCGUUGACAGACUCGAUUCCCUCGGGACCACCAAUUCCGCCCCUUGCACAUCGAAUGCCCCUGGCACAGGGAUCAUGGCAUUCGUACGUAUCCCCACCACAAACAGGGACAUUAUCAUCAGCAUCAAUCUCCGGCACUGGGCCAGAACAAUCGCAUGAGUCACCCUACUCUAUGACCGCCGAUUCACUGGCAGGUUCAUCCAUGGGUCAAACACACCACGACAUGACAUACGGUCUACCUCACUCCACCGCAACACAAUACGCCAACAACAAUGCGGACUCUUAUAACCGCAACCUGACUUACCCGUCUCGAGCGGCGUUGAGCCAACCGCAGCAUCAACAGCAUCGAUCACAGCAUAUCCCUGUCGCUACCAUAGGAUAUGAGCAGAAUAUCCCUUCGUUACAGGCAGCUCAUCUGCCUAUGCCCGCUCAUCAUACUUAUCCCUCUCAGAUUGUGCACUCGCCUCCUGCUCAUUCCCAAAUCGGGUAUCAGUGGGAUUCGAGGGCUUAA